AUGGCACCCCAAGGGCACCCCGACAUCGGCUGCACCCCAACAUCGGCCCAGCAGCACCCCAACAUUGGCUGCACCCCAACAUCUGCACCCCAACAUCCCAAUGGCACCCCAACAUCAGCCGCACCCCAACAUCUGCACCCCAACAUCGGCUGCACCCCAACAUCUGCACCCCCACAUCCCAACGGGCACCCCGACACCCCGAUAUCAGCGCUGCACCCCAACACCGCUCGCGCACCCCCCCCCAAGUUGGCGUGCGAGUGCUACGCGCUGCUGCCGGCGUUGGGUCGGGGUUUUUCGCAGGGGCUGCGGCACACGGAGUGUUGGAACCAGGAGGUGCAGGGGCUGCUGGCCACCCUGCACGGGCUGCUCGGGGCGCUCUUCGAGGGCAGCGAGAUCGACCCGCUGCCCUACGAGGGGCCGGGGGUGGAAAUGCUGCUGCCGGCCCCCCAGGACGGCGACACCGGUUUCGUCCUCACCCUUCACAACCGCUUUUCGGGGCUCGCUCGGGUGCUCCAGCUCCUGCUCAGCAAAGAUUUCGUGGCGCCCGUCACCGUCCCCGUCCAAGAUAUUUUAGAUCUCGUCUGUCGCGCUCUCAACGUCACCAGCAAAAACAUCAACUGGUUUGGGGACGGUCCCCUAAAAAUGUUGCUGCUGCCGUCGGUUCAUCUGGACGCGUUGGAUGUCUUGGCGUCGCUCAUCUUGGCAUGUGGGGCGCGCCUGGUGCGCUGGGGCAGCGUCCUGGGCCGCCUCUUCCCCCAGGUGCUGAGCGCCUGGAGCGGCGCCCGAGAGGCCGCGCUGCCGGGGCAGGAGAAACCCUUCAGCGCGGUGCGCACCCGCCUCUACGAGGUGCUGGAGCUGUGGGUGGAGGUGGCGGGUGCCGCUUCGGGGGUGCUGCAGGGUGCCGGGGCCCCCGCCGAGGUGCUGCUCGCCCACCUCCUCAGCGACAUCACCCCCCCGGCCGACGGCAUCAAGCUGAAGGCGGAUCCCAAACCCAGCGCCCCAAAACGACCCAAACUGGGGGACGGGGGGGACGCCCCCACCCUCCACCGGAAAUUGGAGCCGGCGGCCAACAGUGACGUGUGUCGGGCUGCGCUGCGAGCCCUGCGGCGUGCCAUCUUGACGGGGGGGCCGCUGAUCAAGGAGGAGACGCACAGGCGACUCCAGGAGCUGGUGGUGCCGUUGCUGCUUCGACUUCCGCAGACCGAUGUCCCCCCCGGUACCCCGUACGCCAGCCCCCCGUGUCGGGCCGCUCUUUAUCAGCUCCUGUUAGCCCUGGUACUGGCCCCCGCCCCCGCUGGGGCCCCCCCACUUCACUGCGCCCUCCGAGCUUUCGGCCAGGGCCAGCGCGAUCCGGCCCUGCAGGUCUCCUCCGUCUGCACCGAAGCUUUGGUGGUGGCGAACGCCCUGGCCCGACCUUGGGUACCCCCCCUGCACCCCACUUCCAUUCCGGGACCCCCCCCGGAACCUUCAGCCCCCCCAUUUCGUUCUCUCCCCCCUCCUAUUUUUCCUGGGGUACCCCGAAUUUCUUCAUCCAAUCCUUUGGGAACUCCCCGUUUACCUCCGUUAACCGAAGAACCCCCUUUUUCGGGAGAAACUCCCCAAAUCGGGCAAACCCCGGGAAGUGAAGAAGAGGGGGGUCCCGCAGGGGGGGGACGCCCCCGGCGCCCCGUUUUUGUCCACUACGACAAAGAAGAACCGUCGGACGUGGAAAUCUCGUUAGAGAGCGAUUCGGAUGACAGCGUCGUUAUCGUUCCCAAACGAGGGGUACCCCCUUCGCCCCCCCCGGCUUCUAAAAGCGGGGGGCCCCUUCUUCCGCCUCCUCCUUCGCCUCCUCUUGCUCCCCCCGAACCCCCCGAAGAACCGGGGCCCCCCCCAAACUCCUCUUCUUCCUCCUCCUCCUCCCCUCCGCCGCCGCCGCCGCCACCGCUGCCCCCCCCGCCGGCGUUGCCCCCCGUUAUUCCUCCGGUUGCACCCCCGGAAUCUUCGGGGAUCGCCGGAGAGCCCGAUCCAGCCGUGAUUAAUAUCAAUAGUAGCGAGGAAGAGGAAGAAGAGGAAGAGGAAGAAGAGGAGGAAGAGGAGUUCGGGGAGGAAGAGUUCUUUGAGGAAGAGGAGGAAGAAGAGGAGGAGGAGGAAGAGGAAGAGUUCGACGAGGAGGAAGAGCUGUGCGAGGAAGAGUACGAGGAGGAUGAGGAGGAGUACGAGGAGGAUGAAGGUCUCUCCGAGGAGGAAGAGGAGGAGGAAGAGGAAGAGGAAGAGGAAGGGGGUACGGAAGAAGGGCAACCCCUGCCCGAGGAGCCCCCCCAGCCCCCGGGGGACACGGGUGCCCUGGUGAUGGAGGUGGAGGAAGGUCACCCGCCCCCCCCGCCCGAGGAGGAAGAGGAAGAGGAAGAGGAAGAAGAGGGGACCAAAGCCCCCCAGGAAGUGGGGGGGGAGGAGGAGGAAGAAGAGGAGCCCCCCGCCCUCCCCCCGCCCCCCCUCCUGGAACCCCCCGAGGUGCCUCCCCCCGCCCUGGAUGCGGCCCCCCCACCCCCCCCUGCUCCCCCGGGGGGACCCGGCAGCCCCCCCGCCCCCGCCCCCCCCCAGCUGGAGGAGGAACCCCCUCCCCCCGGGGACAAAGAGGAGGAGCUGGACGAGACGGCCACCAUGCUGGCGGAUUUCAUCGACUGCCCCCCCGACGAUGACAAGGCCCCCGAAACGGCCCUGUAAACCCCCCCCCCCCCAGCCGCCCCCCACUUUCCUGAC